AUUGUACGCAUUACCAACCCGGAGCGGAAAAGUGCCGUCGCCUCCACGAGCGACAGUCAGAGUCAUGACUACAUCCUUGCUGACGCCACUGCAACAACCAAGCUCCAAGCUCGUACCAAGUCGCACACCUCACCCCUCGGACUCCGACCAAGACCUCACUUGAUUCAUGUCCCAAGACCGGUGAUGCAACAUCGAAAUAUCGACGACAUUGUGCGCUAUGUCAGCCUCAACCUGGAGGCAGAUUGGGAACGCCGCCACUCUACGGUGCUGCGGGUGGCUCGCAAAUCCGGGGGUGUGUUCCUCUGGGCCGAGCUUGUCGUCGGUAUACUCAACGCGGCAAUCUGGGAGGGGGCCACGCAAGCCCUGGUCGACGACAUGAUUCUCGAGAUGCCCGGCUACCUGGAUGGACUGUACGAAUGGUUGCUCUCGACGCUGACGGCAGAGGAAAAGGUCGAGACGUUGGCGCUCUUCCAGUGGGCCAUAUUGGCAUCGGAGCCGAUGCGGCUGGACGAUCUGGUGGCUGCAGUUCGCGUCACGCCGUCGUGGGCAAUCGACGAGAUGCGGCCAGAGCAUGCGCUGGCCGUCGACCCUCCCAUGUCGUUUCGCAGGCUAGGCGACCUGGGAGCGAUCGGUCUCCGGGAUUGCAGAGGCUGGCUCAACGUAGCGUCGCUCGGGCUGCUCGAAGUCCGACCCGAGCCGAGCGACGCAGCAAGCGGCGAGUUGGUGGGAUCGCAGCGGGUUCACGUCAUCGACGAGUCGGUACGCAAGUUCUUCUUGUCCGGUCGUGGGUUUGCCGCACUGGACAAGGACAACGAGACCACCUUCUACUCGGACUCUUGGUCGGAGCAAGACCUGGGAGACGUGUCGCAUUACGCCCUGUUCAAGGCAUGCAUCAAGUUCCUCGACAUGACGGAUUUCGAUCUUCUCGGCCGCGAACUGACCCGGGCCAGCAGGCGAGCGGACAUUGCAUACUGGCGGGCGAAACAGCACGAGGAGCGGCGGCUGAUCAUGUCCAGCUAUCCGUUUUUACAGUACGCAGUGGACAAUCUGCUGUACCACAUGCUCUCGCCGCGCCGUUUUCGCUAUCACCUGCCACAAAAGGAAAUCUUGAACCUCUUUGCAGCGAACAACUGUCGGCUUUGGAGGAGAUGGACAUUCCUGAUCGGCGUGAGGAUAAACGAGCCAGAAGCGGCGCUGGCUGUCAGUGCCGAGGGGCCGGCCGGCCCGCUGUUGGAUCCGGUGUACGGGGCUCGCUUUCGCCUGGAAAGGGUGUUCAGACGGGUGAGCAAGAUGGCGGAAAUGGGACAUCGGGUGAGCUUCAAGAUACAAGACGAGGGCGAGAGGACGGACGACUUGGAGCAGGGCAACCUGAGGCCAGGCAGCCAGAACCAAGACGGCGGCAUGCAACCGUAUGCGGCAGCCCACCUGCCUCGAGCGUUUCCUGAGCCCAUGCCUCGAAAACUCAAAAGCUGCCUCAAGGUCGACAUUCGGCCGAAGCCGCCGGCGGUUACCGUGGCGACGCCGACAUCCACUGGGAGCUCGAGGCAUGAUCGGAUCGUUUCAUACACGUCCACCGAUGUGCCGUCAAUCUUUUCUCCUGUCGACAUGGGGUCGCCAGGGUCGGUGCACAGCCUGAUGAGUCCCCUGUCGGUGCUCGAGGCCAGUUUUGAAGCAGCCGCCAAGGGGAGGGAUAUUUACGACAGUGGUGCACAACUACCUCGGAACCAGUUCUGA